AAUAUCACAUCAUACAUAGAUAUCUAUAUCAUAUCAUACAUUGAUAUGAUAUAGAAAACAGAGACUGGUUCUUCCACGUCCACAUCAAUCUGAAGUAGACUGAAAACAAAAACAUUGAAUGGUUAUUGAUUAGUUAUUAAGCAGUGGUGAAUACUCAUAGGUGGUUACCUUCUGGCAAUACUGUUUGCUCUAGGGAAGAAUCUGUAGUUAUUAUAUAGUUGUACAGUUGAUAUAUCUGUUAUAUUAUUAUCAUAUUUGUUGAAACUGGCUUAUGCUUCAAACAACAUAAGCCGUCUCCAGUUCAGCAUUUCUGUCAUUUUUAAGGGGGUGGGAUAGUCUAGAAAUUGUUAUGGUUAGGUUAAACCCAAGUAGUUCAUGGUUACAAACUCAAUUUCAUUGAGCAACAUACCUAUGACGCCUUGCUGAUUGCUCGUCACAUGUAUCUGAACAUUUCAGAAUGAACAUAUGCUCAAUGACUAAACAUAUUGAUUCAAAUGAUACUUUAGUAUGUGUUCCUUUUUAUGUGAAUGACUUUCAGGCAGAAAGUUUCAGAAUGUUCCUGUUGUGUUACCAAUUGUCUGUUACCAAGCCAUACAUUCAUAAGCUCUGCCAUCCAGGGUGGCCUACAUCAUUAAUCACACUUGGUUGAUACAUUGGUACAGUAAUAUUUGUACCGAGACAAAGCAGAGAAUAUCCAAUGCAUAACCAAUAAACCCUAUUCCUUUCACCCCUGCAAUAUGCGUGACAACUGUUUCAAUGGUAACAUUCUGAAUUUAUGCUUGCUGAUGUCUAUGGGAGAUAACAAAAAUGGAAUACAUGGAAAAAAUUUAAAUACAGAGCCCACGUGUCUCCUUUCCAAGUAUAGCAACGGCUUCUAAUCCUUCUAAAAUACAUAUUUUUCUCAUUCUCUCACUGAGCCUGUGUGUGUGUGUGUGUGGGGGUGGGUGUGUGUGUGCGCGUGUGUUUGUUGCCUAGGGGCCCAGGUGUGCAAGGGGCCCUGAAUUGGCCUGACUAUUUUCAUUUUUUCUUAAAAGGAAUUCACCCCCAUUGGCCCAUAACAAGAAUCCUUAAGAAAGUAAACAGCUGAUUCUUCAAUAGCAGUGCUUUUUAAAUUAAGGCUAUCUCAAUGCUUUUAUACAUGGCACUAAAUUAUUAUCAGUAAUGGGGCCUCAAACAAGUAGUAGGGGGCAAUGACCAACAUGUGUGCUCUAGUUGAUCUACAAGAAUGACACAUUCCAACUUAUGUUUCAAUAAUUGUAUCACAAAAGUUGAUAAAAGACCAACUGAUAGGCUGGGUAGUCUUUCCUGGCUACCCAGUGUGAGUUUAUGUACAUGUUUUGGGUAUAAAACGUAGAUCGAAUUAGAAACAGCUUAUGGACUUGUGUCAACCAAUUUCGUAUCGGCGUGUUGUACACUUUUUGUAUUAAAGUGAUCGUUUUAUUUUUGUCAUUUGAACUUGAGCUCAUAAAGGCUUUUUCUAAAGUAUGUGAUCAAAACAAUCUGGUUGUCCGUGACAACACCACAACACCCAGCGGAACCUCCGGUGGACCAUUAUGACAUCACAAUGCCCACUCCCCUAUAUAAGUCACCGCUCCUCAGUCCAGUGCUCAGUGCUGAUCAGAGAGUCGAGCGUAAGCAUUACCUUGUAAUCACUGAGCAAGCACAGCAGCGUUUUACCCAGGUAGCGUUUGUUCUACAAUUGAGCAAGCAAACGAUGGGGAGGAGACGUGUGAGGAACCGGAAGAGGCAACCGAAACCUGAGGACCUCAUCCAACAGGAGAGCCUCCACCAGGAGAGCCUCCACCAGGGGUCCCUCCAACAGGAGGGUCUCCAUCAGGAGGGUCUCCAACAGGAGGGUCUCCACCAGGAGAGCCUCCAUCAGGAGGGUCUCCAUCAGGAGGGUCUCCAACAGGAGAGCCUCCAUCAGGAGGGUCUCCAUCAGGAGGGUCUCCAACAGGAGGGUCUCCACCAGGAGAGCCUCCAUCAGGAGGGUCUCCAACAGGAGAGCCUCCACCAAGAGGGUCUCCACCAGGGGUCCCUCCAACAGGAGGGUCUCCACCAGGGGUCCCUCCAACAGGAGGGUCUCCAUCAGGAGAGCCUCCACCAGGAGGGUCUCCAUCAGGAGUCCCUCCACCAGGAGGGUCUCCAACAGGAGAGCCUCCAACAGGAGUCCCUCCACCAGGAGAGCCUCCACCAAGAGAGUCUCCCCCAAGAGACUCUCCACCAGGAGAGACUCAAACAUAUGGUAAUCAUCGUUUACCUAAGCAGACACCUGGUCACAGACAGCGGUGAGGGACUCCAACCGGAGGGUCUCCAACCAGAGGGUCUCCUCCAGGAUGGACUCCUCCAACGGGAGGGACUCUACCAGGGGGGUCUCCAACCGGAGGGACCACAACCAGAGGGACUCCAGGCGGAGGGACUCCAAGAGGAGGGACUUCAUCAGGAGGAUCUCAACCAGGAGGGACCCCACCAGGAGGGUCUCCAACCAGAGGGCCUCCAACCAGAGAGUCUCCACCAGGAGGGUCUCCAACCAGAGGGUCUCCAACCAGAGGGCCUCCAACCAGAGGGUCUCCAACCAGAGGGCCUCCAACCAGAGGGCCUCCAACCAGAGGGCCUCCAACCAGAGGGACUCCUGCCAGAGGGACUCCUACAACGAGAGGGACUCUACCAGGGGGGUCUCCAACCACUGGGACCACAACCAGAGGGACCACAACAGGAGGGACCCCAACAGGAGAGUCUCCACCAGGAGGACCUCCAACAGGAGGGACCCCAACAGGAGGGACUCCACCAGGAGGGCGAGCUGAGGAGGGAGAGGACACCAAUGAUGAGGACACCGGGGGUCUUGGAGGCUGAGGAGGACGCGUUAGAGCUGGAGAUGCCAACUGACAAUGGCAACCACCACGUUGUCGUCUGUCAACGUCCCAUUGACGCCGUGGUCUUGAUCCUCAACCAGGAUCAACCGCCAGCCACCGCCCUGCCAGGUGUAGUAGCGAUCGAGGAGAAACCUUUUGUCGUUAUGGGCUGUACAGAACCUGUGGCUCCCCCUAACAACACUGAAAUCUCGGUCAUACCCGACGAAGAAGGGGAGGAACCUGUACAGGAGCCCAAAAGAAAGAGCCUCGGGUGGAGAUUCUUCAAUUGGCUCUGUGUGGUGAAGGAGAAGGAGCCAAAAAAUAAGAGGAACGCCGGGACCUACCUGAAGGAGGACACGGAGGAACACCUCAUCUCCAGCAAAGCUGAUAAACGCCGGGAGCAGAAGGAGGCUCAAAGGCUGAAGGAGGAGCAGCGCUACGAGCAGUGGGCUGCUGAACGGGGCCUCAGCGAUGCAGGAGAGGGGCCAGCAGACGGGCCUAAGAAAAGGAUGACCAGAUUGCAGAAGGUGUCUUUGGGAUUGGUCGCCCUGUGCCAAUAAGCCGAUCCCCUCCAUCCGGCCACCCCCGGUGCGGGUCACCUGUACAUAUAUACAUAGAAGCAUAAUAAAACUCAAAGAAUACAAAAGAAUACAAAAGAACACAAGACAAUACAAGACCACUUUUGGUCCGAAGUCUGUGCUGCAAUUUCGAGCUCAAAAAAAAUCAAAAUA